AUGUUCCUCGCCUCCCUCCCCCCCAACACCCCCAUCACUAUAACCAUAACCGGCACAAACCCACACACCCCUCCCAGCCUCACCACUACUCUGACCUCACUCUUCGCGUCCGCCCUAUCCGACUCUCUCUGCGCCCAUACCGAAACCCUCCACCAGCACCAUACCACCAAUAGUACCAUCCACUUAACCUACUGGAGCACAGAAAACUACCAAAAAUGGCUUACCUCCCCAGCCGUCUCCGCUUUCUUCUCCUCCCUCAACACCGACAGUGAUGAUAGUAGUACUCCUCCAGCAGGAAUCUACCACGAAACCCUAACCAUCCAACCCUCCCGCAUCCAAGGCGCCACGAACCACCCCGUCCCCUCGGGAUGUAUGCACCUGGGGACGAUAGAUCUCAAGCCCGAGUUAUCGGGCUAUUGGGGGUGUUAUCCGGAUCGGAUUGGGGAGAAGAGUAUUAAAUCGAAGAUUACUAAGGAGGAUAUCAGUGCUGCUAUUGCUGAAAGCAAACCUGAUAUACAAGAAAAAGAAGAGAAGAUUCUCCCAGGGAAACAAACCAUCACUCACAUCCCCGAUAACAUCUGCUUCGUGGUCGAAGGCCAAGAUCACUCUGCUGCAUCUGCAGAGGAACGUACCUACUGGGCUGAACACUUCGAUUCCCUGUCGCAGGAGUGGGUGGGCCAGGUGCUGAGUGUGGGAUUACUGGGGGGUGUGGUUUCCUCUAGGGGGUGUUAUAAUCCUUCUGUGGAGAGUACGCUUCCUGAUUCUGAUUCUACUGCUGAGGAGGGGCAGCAGAGGAGGAGGUAUCCGUUGACGCUGGGACGGGAUGUACAGUUGCUUUACUUUGUGGAUUUGCAGUAUAUGGAGACGUUGGGGAGGAAGAGUGCGGAACAUGUUAAGCUUAGGAAGGCGUUUAUGGAGGCGUAUGGGCCUGGGGGUGUGCUGUUUGGAGGGGGGUUGAAGUUGUGGGUUGAGACGGCGGUGUUGAGGGAUGGGGAUUUCUUGGGCGAGUAUUGGGGAUGUGUGCAGGGGACGGGGUUGUUAGGUGUUAAGGGGGUGUUGGGGGUUGAGUAG